AUGGAGAGGCCUGCAAAACGGCCGCGCCUCUCCACAACCGUGGAACCAGAGGGCGAGGCCGACGACAUCGACAUUCACGAAGCGCGCGCCCAGAAUGACCUCCGCCUGAAGUCGAUCUUCGAGGGCAUUUUUGAAAAAUACGGCAAGGACUUUACGGAGGUGGGCGACGAAAUCGAUUUACAGUCCGGAAAGAUAGUCAUCAACAAUGGCCACAUCCAGGCAAUGGACGGAGAAGAUGACACUGGCGAGGGGAGUGGUUGGCUGUUCGAGACGGACCUGGCUGCACCUCCCGACCAGGAGGAAGCAGGCGACGACGGCUACAGCCAUCUUCAUCACGCCGAUGCAGAAACCGGCGGUGAUGGCGUUCCUCCACCGGCGGCCGCGAUGCCAUCGCAAACAGGACUGGUCGCGGCCCAGUCAAGCCAGACCCCGACGGACGAAGCAGCCAAUGACGACCGCUCGAGCGUGGACUCGCUGCUGGACACGGCAGUAUGCGUCCAGAACGACGCGGGCGCCUCUCGGGCCCGACAGGCCAUGGCAUACGCUCCAAGUAAGGCUGGCAGCGAAAAAGCAAAUCCUGCGGCUGAAGCAUCCGCCCAAUCCAAGAGAGUCAAAUUCAGUGAGGCGGUGGAGGCUAUAUGGCGCGUUCCUGAAAUAAGCGGGGGGUUUUCUACACCUAGAGUGAAUAGGUCACGUCCGGCACCGUCCCGCAAUAUUGUGCGCUCCCAGUCUCCACCGGGCACUGGCUCGCUGUGGGCGCUGCCUUGGUCCUCGCGACGGGGAUCAUCCGCGCAGAAGACUCGCGCGAGGAACCCCCAGGCCCAGAGGAAGCAUCACUCCAGCCCCGUCGUGUGCGACUGGUCCUUUGCAGAGACUCCGGCCGGGGACGAAUCCGACGACCCGUUGCAGGAGGACUACGAGCCCUCACCGACGCCCAAAGGGGGGAAAGGGGAAGGGCCGGGGGGGUCCGGGGUUCGACAAGGGAAGGCCAAGGGCGUUCUUUCGGUGAGCAGUCGUGCGGAAGAAGAACAGUGCGACCACUGCCAGCAAUACUUUGCUCCCGCAGACUACAUCGUCCAUCUGAAACAGCUUCUUCUCUCCAAGCCAGAGGGACGACCCGAUCAGGCAGACCCUCGUGCCGGGGGCACGCAGACAAACCCGGUCACUACGUCUGCGGCCAAGCCCAACCCUUCUGUCGCUACAGGGGAGGCGCCUACGGAGGAUGCAACAACGGUCGAUGACGAUCCGUCGCCUACAAAGAAACGUUCCAGGACGUACAUGAGCCCCGAUGAGGCCCGGUUGAUUGCUACGCUGAAGAUAGGACAGAGCAAGAAGUGGAGCGAGAUCCUCGCCCAGCUACCGCAAAAAACGGUGACCCAGCUGCAAAACUGGCAUCGUAUACACUGGAUCGAUCGCCGAGCGAACCCGUCCCCGUUAACCCGGCCGUGGACGGGGCCGGAGCGGGAGAAAUUGGACCAACUGGCGGAGCAACGAGGGCUGGCCUGGCCCACCAUCCGUGCAGAGCUGCGCGGGCGUCCCCAUCCGGAGAUCGAGUUCGAGCUAUUGCGACGCUGGGCCGGGGAGGCGGACGUUCCGCACAAAGGAGACGGCAAGACGGCGACCAGAUCGAUGGGCAAGGACAAAUCAUGA